AUGAGUUCGGACGCUGAAAUGAGUGUGUUUGGGGAGGCUGCCCCGUACCUGAGGAGGCCAGAACGGGAGAGAAUCGAAGCCCAGAACAGGCCCUUCGAUGCCAAAACUGCCGUAUAUGUAGUGGAUCCAAAGGAGCUGUUUGUCAAAGGCAUUCUGCAAAUCAAGGACGGUAGCAACGCAACUGUUAAAACCGACACAGGAAAGGUUGUUACAGUGAAGGAUGAUGAAGUCUUCCCCAUGAACCCGCCCAAGUUCGACAAGAUCGAGGACAUGGCCAUGAUGACCCACCUCAACGAAGCUGCUGUGCUGUUUAACCUCAAAGAGCGUUACGCAGCAUGGAUGAUCUAUACCUACUCAGGCCUCUUCUGUGUCACCGUGAACCCUUACAAGUGGCUCCCGGUGUACAACCAAGAAGUGGUGGUGAACUACAGGGGCAAAAAGCGCCAGGAGGCUCCACCACACAUCUUCUCCAUCUCUGACAACGCCUACCAGUUCAUGCUCACUGAUAGAGAAAACCAGUCCAUCCUCAUCACCGGAGAAUCCGGUGCAGGAAAGACUGUAAAUACCAAACGUGUCAUCCAGUACUUUGCGACAAUCGCAGUGUCUGGGGACAGGAAAAAAGAUGCUAGUGGCUCUGGAAAAUUACAGGGCAAUCUGGAAGACCAGAUCAUCUCUGCUAACCCACUGCUAGAGGCUUUUGGAAAUGCCAAAACUGUCAGAAAUGACAACUCUUCACGUUUUGGCAAAUUCAUCAGAAUCCACUUUGGAACGACAGGAAAACUGUCUUCCGCAGACAUUGAAACUUAUUUGUUGGAAAAAUCGAGAGUAACGUUCCAGCUGUCUUCAGAGAGGAGUUACCAUAUUUUCUACCAGAUCAUGUCCAACAAAAAGCCUGAGCUCAUAGAGACUCUGCUCAUCACCACCAACCCCUACGACUUCCCGUUUGUCAGCCAGGGGGAGAUAAGUGUGGCCAGUAUCAAUGACAGUGACGAACUAAUGGCCACUGAUAGCGCUAUCGACACCCUCGGCUUCACUGGAGAAGAGAGGAUUGGCAUCUACAAGCUAACAGGUGCUGUGAUGCAUUAUGGGAAUAUGAAGUUCAAGCAGAAGCAGAGGGAGGAGCAGGCAGAGCCAGAUGGAACAGAGGUGGCUGACAAAUCAGCUUACCUGAUGGGACUGAACUCUGCCGACCUGCUGAAAGCACUGUGUUACCCUCGAGUGAAGGUUGGGAAUGAGUAUGUGACCAAAGGGCAAACUGUUCAGCAGGUCUACAACUCCAUUGGUGCUUUGGCCAAAUCGGUGUAUGAGAAGAUGUUUCUGUGGAUGGUCUUUCGCAUUAAUCAGAUGCUGGACACCAAGCAACCCAGACAGUUCUUUAUAGGAGUCCUGGACAUUGCUGGGUUUGAAAUAUUUGAUUACAACAGUCUGGAACAGCUGUGUAUCAAUUUCACCAAUGAGAAACUGCAACAAUUUUUCAACCAUCACAUGUUCGUGCUGGAGCAAGAGGAGUAUAAGAAAGAGGGCAUCGAAUGGGAGUUCAUCGACUUUGGGAUGGACCUGGCUGCUUGUAUAGAGCUUAUUGAAAAGCCAAUGGGUAUCUUUUCCAUCCUUGAAGAGGAGUGUAUGUUUCCCAAGGCAUCAGACACCACCUUCAAAAACAAGCUGUAUGAUCAACAUCUUGGGAAAUCAGGCAACUUCCAGAAGCCCAAGCCUGUCAAAGGCAGGGCUGAGGCUACCUUCUCCCUGGUGCACUACGCUGGCACUGUGGACUACAGCAUCACAGGCUGGCUAGACAAGAACAAGGACCCACUGAAUGAGACUGUAGUCCAGCUGUACCAGAAAGCCGGCCUCAAACUAUUAGCGUUCCUCUAUUCUACCUACUCCUCGGUAGAUGAAAAUGUUGGUGGAAUUGCCAAGAAAGCAGCAAAGAAGAAAGGCUCUUCCUUCCAGACUGUGUCAGCCCUCUUCAGGGAGAACCUUGGAAAGCUGAUGACAAAUCUCAGGUGCACCCAUCCUCACUUUGUCCGCUGUCUGAUUCCAAAUGAAACUAAAACUCCAGGUAUUAUGGAACACCAUCUGGUUAUCCAUCAACUGCGAUGUAAUGGAGUGCUGGAAGGAAUCAGAAUCUGCAGGAAGGGCUUCCCCAGUAGAAUUCUUUAUGGGGAUUUCAAGCAAAGGUACAAAGUGCUGAAUGCUAGUGUGAUUCCUGAGGGACAAUUCAUUGACAACAAGAAAGCUGCUGAAAAGCUCCUGGGGUCUAUUGAUGUGGAUCACAACCAGUAUAAGUUUGGGUAUACCAAGGUGUUCUUCAAAGCAGGACUCUUGGGUUUACUAGAAGAAAUGAGGGAUGAAAAACUGGCCUCCCUCAUUACCAUUACUCAAGCCUUGUGUCGUGGCUUCCUCAGAAGGAGGGAGCUUGGGAACAGGAUGCAGAGUAGAGAAGCCAUUUACAUUAUCCAGUAUAACAUUCGUUCUUUCAUGAAUGUAAAACACUGGCCGUGGAUGAAGCUUUACUUCAAGAUCAAACCACUCUUGAGGAGUGCUGAGACUGAGAAAGAGAUGGCCAUCAUGAAAGUGGAGUUUGACAAGUGCAAGGAGGACUUAGCUAAAGCUGAGGCCAGGAAGAAGGACCUGGAAGCCAAAAUGGUUUCCCUGGUUCAGGAGAAGAAUGACUUGAGUCUGCAUAUUCAGUCUGAAAGAGAGAGCCUGGCAGAUGCAGAAGAAAGGUGUGAAGGACUGAUAAAGAACAAGAUCUUGCUGGAGACCAAAACCAAAGAACUCAGUGAGAGACUAGAGGACGAGGAGGAGGUGAAUGCUGAGCUGACUGCCAAGAAGAGGAAGCUGGAGGAUGAGUGCUCUGAGCUGAAGAAAGACAUUGAUGACUUGGAACUCACCUUGGCUAAAGUAGAGAAGGAAAAACAUGCCACUGAAAACAAGGUGAAGAAUCUGACUGAAGAAAUGUCCUCUCUUGAUGAUACCAUCGCCAAAUUAUCCAAAGAGAAGUUGGCGCUUCAGGAAGCUCAUCAGCAGACACUGAAUGACCUGCAAGCAGAGGAAGACAAAGUCAACUCUCUGACUAAAGCUAAGAUCAAGCUGGAGCAGCAAGUGGAUGAUCUUGAGGGCUCUCUGGAACAAGAGAAGAAGGUCCGGAUGGACGUCGAGAGGGCCAAAAGGAAGCUCGAAGGGGAUCUUAAACUUGCCCAGGAAUCCAUAAUGGAUCUGGAAAAUAACAAACAACAGCUGGAGGAACACCUCAAAAAGAAAGACUUUGAAUUCAGCCAACUUGUUGCCAAAAUUGAGGAUGGGCAGAGUGUGGCUGUACAAUCUCAAAAGAGGAUCAAGGAACUUCAGGCUCGCAUUGAAGAGCUGGAAGAGGAGAUUGAAGGUGAACGUGCAGCCAGAGUAAAAGUAGAAAAGCAAAGGUCUGUUUUUUCCAGGGAGCUGGAGGAGAUCAGUGAGCGGCUGGAGGAGGCCGGAGGAGCCACCGCUGCUCAGAUAGAGAUGAACAAGAAGCGAGAGACCGAGUUUCAGAAACUGAGACGAGACCUUGAGGAGUCAACACUCCACCAUGAGGCCACUGCUGCAGCUCUGAGGAAGAAACAUGCUGACAGCGUGGCUGAGCUGGGAGAGCAAAUUGACUCCCUGCAGAGAGUGAAGCAGAAGCUGGAGAAGGAGAAGAGUGAGUACAAGAUGGAGAUUGACGACCUGUCCAGCAGCAUAGAGGUCAUGGUCAAGGCUAAGACUAAUUAUGAGAAGCUGUGCCACUCUUUGGAGGACCAACUGAGUGAAUACAAGACGAAACAUGAUGAGAACACUCGUCUGAUCACUGAACUUAAUACUCAAAUGGCAAGACUUCAGAAUGAAAAUGGUGAGUUCUCUCGUCUUCUUGAGGAGAAAGAGGUGAUACUCUCUCAGAUGUCCAGGGCUAAGCUUGCCUUCACUCAGCAAAUUGAGGAACUGAAAAGGCAGGGUGAAGAAGAAACAAAGGCUAAAAAUGCCUUUGCCCAUGCCCUGCAAUCUGCCCGUCACGACUGCGAUCUGCUCAGAGAGCAGUUCGAGGAGGAGCAGGAGGCCAAGGCCGAGCUGCAGAGAGCAAUGUCCAAGGCAAACAGUGAGAUUGCCCAGUGGAGAACCAAAUACGAGACUGAUGCCAUCCAGCGCAAUGAUGAGCUGGAAGAGGCCAAGAAAAAGCUUGCUCAACGUUUGCAGGAGGCUGAGGAGGGCAUCGAGGCUGUUAACACCAAGUGCUCGUCUUUGGAGAAGACAAAGCAGAGGCUGCAGGGAGAGGUGGAGGACCUGAUGAUCGAUGUGGAAAGGGCAAAUGCUCAAGCAGCUGUCCUGGAUAAAAAGCAGAGAAGUUUCGAUAAGAUUCUGUCUGAGUGGAAGCAGAAGUAUGAGGAGUGUCAGGCAGAGCUGGACGGAUCACAGAAGGAGGCCCGCUCCCUCAGCACUGAGCUCUUCAAGAUUAAGAACUCUUAUGAGGAAGCUUUGGAGCACCUUGAUGUUCUCAAACGAGAUAAUAAAAACCUGCAACAGGAAAUCUUGGAUCUGACUGAACAACUUGGAGAAAAUGGCAAAGCCAUCCACGAGAUUGAGAAGACUAAGAAACAAGCGGAAAAUGAGAAGACAGAGAUCCAGAAUGCUCUGGAAGAGGCUGAAGCUUCUCUUGAGCAUGAGGAAUCCAAAAUCCUCCGCGUCCAGCUGGAGCUCACUCAAGUCAAAGGAGAGGUCAACCGCAGGCUGGCUGAGAAGGAUGAGGAGCUGGAGCAGAUGAAACGCAACCACCAGCGCAUUGUGGAAACCAUGCAGUCUGCCUUGGAUGCCGAGACACGCGGCAGGAAUGAUGCCAUGAGAGUCCGGAAGAAGAUGGAGACUGAUCUCAAUGAGAUGGAGAUCCAGCUGAGCCAAUCCAAUCGGCAGGCUGCUGAAGCCCAAAAGCAGCUGAGGAAUAUGCAGGCCCACCUUAAAGAACAAACCCUUCACCUUGAUGAGGCCCUGCGCAGCCAGGAGGACCUGAAGGAGCAGGUGGCCAUGGUGGAGCGCAGGAGCAGCCUUUUGCAGGCAGAGGUGGAAGAGCUCACUGCUGCGCUGGACCAGUCGGAACGAGGCCGCAAAUUAGCUGAACAGGAACUCACUGAUGCCGCUGAGAGAGUUGGGCUGCUGCACUCUCAGAGCACCAGUCUUCUAAACUCGAAGAGAAAGCUGGAGGCAGAUGUGAGCCAGCUGCAGGGUGAGGUGGAGGAUGCAAUCCAAGAGGCCCGCAAUGCAGAGGAAAAAGCUAAGAAAGCCAUCACUGAUGCAUCUAUGAUGGCAGAGGAGCUGAAGAAAGAGCAAGACACAAGCAGCCACCUGGAGAGGAUGAGGAAGAACCUGGAGGUGUCUGUGAAGGAUCUGCAGCACCGUCUGGAUGAGGCUGAGAGCUUGGCUUUGAAGGGGGGCAAGAAGCAGCUCCAGAAACUGGAAACUCGGGUAUCACACUCAUUCAUGUGA